GGAGCGAACGGCGGCGAACUUGGGCUGAAGAAAGAGAAAGAAAAGGGAAAGAAAGAAAGAAAAGUGUCUUCGGGCCACGUUCAGAAAACGCGAUUAAAAUCUUGGGUGUUCAGGGAAUCCGGUCAGAGAGGAAAGUGGGUGCAAGUUUGGAGAGCUUUAGGGUCAGAGUGAUUGCAAAGGUCUCGAGGCGUUUGGGAUGUGUGAGUGUGUGGAUGGGUUUAAAAGCACUGAAGUUUGAGGUAGCUUGUGGUAACUGAAUAAAGCUUGCGGCUGGAGUGGAGAAACACUUAUUUACUGCAUGUCAUCAAUUCGAGUGGAAAGGCUUGCGAGAAGCUGGGUAACUAAAGCAGGAAGAGUCAUACGAACAUGGAGCCCGAGGAGGGACGUAAAGAAGAUAAUGCUGGAAAUGAGAGGCUGAAUGAAGAGUCCACGGAGGGGGCAGAACCAUUACUUCUGAAGGCAGCUGAGUUAGAGGGGCAGGAUGGGGAAAUUUUGGGGGACGGUGAAUUAAAUCAAGGAAGAGAAGCAGUGUCAGGUGAGGAUGGAAAUUAUACUGAGGGUAUGGCAGAACCAGAGCUCAGGGAAGUAAAAAUGGGAGAGAAAUCAAGUCUCAGGGAGCUGAAAAGUAAUGCAGAAUCUAAGGAAUUGGGAGGAGGAGAAUCAGAAGAAAAGGAGCAUGAAGAAAUCGGGAUUGUUGAAGAGAGUAGAACUCUAGAAAUGGAUGAAAAAGUUGAUUUGGCAAAAUCAGAGGAUCAGAGGGAGAAAGAAGUUCAUGCAUAUACUGAAGGAAAGGCUGAUUAUCCACACAACCUGGAGAAGGCUGAAGUAUUCAUUUUAGACCAGAAGGAUUCAGAGGGAGGGACUGAAAAAGAGAUUGUUGAAACCACAGAGAUUCAGAAAGAGGAUAAUGAUUUGUCAAGAUUGGGUCAGGGAGGCAAUUUAGAGAUAACUGAAGAGGGAAAAGAUGUAGCAGCAGAUGCAACAUCAGUAGAUCAGAAACAGACUGAAGAAUCAGUAGAAUUAGGUGAGGAACAAAAUAAGGUAUACAUCAAAGCUGAGGAUGAGGAAAUAGCUGGAGUAGAGCAGAGUUUAAUUGCACGUGAAACAGAAACAUCAGUAGAAACCCAGGAAAAACCUGAGCAGGCAUUGGAAAAUCUCAGGGAACCUGGAGAGAUUACUGGAAAGAGAGAUGCAACAAUGGCUGAUGAAGAAGCAACAACACUGCAUCAAACAAAGGUUGACAAGUUAGUUGAGGGAAGUCUGGGAGAAAGUGGGAAACCAGUGGGAGAGCAACCAUUAACAGUGGUUGAAGCUAAAGCGGAAUAUUUCCCAGUAGUUGUAGAGACAGAGGAGGUGAGAAUUGGGAAACUGACUACAGAAGAAGUUGUGAUUAUACCAGUUGAAGAUGAAACUAAGGAUUUGAUGGAGACAAGUGAAGAAGUAAUGGGUGAGAAAGAUUUAGCUGCCAUGGAAGCUGUAGCAGUAGUUGAGGUUGAAAAUUUGGUGGACAUUAGUGAAACACAGAUGGGAAAGGAGGAUAUGGCACUAAUUGUAGAAUCAAGGGAAAAGACUAUGGAAGAGUUGAUUGCAGAGAAAGAUGUAGAAGUAACAGAAGCACCAGAGAGUAUAAGUGGAAUACGAGAAGAAAUACCUACGCAAAUUCAGGAUAAGAGAAGUAAAGAAAAGACUGAAUCAGAGAUGAUUGAAGAGAAAAAAGUUGAAGAUUUAACACAACCAGAACAAAAGCCAAAAGAACAAGAAGAAAAAGGCGAACAAUUGGAUUCAGCUGGCAUGAUUGAUAAAGUGGAAACUGGAGAAUUAGAGAUGGCAUUAGCAAUUAAUCAGAAUGAAAUGAUGGAAAGCGUGAAGCCAUCUCAGGAAAAGGCAGAGAUUGCUGUCAUGGAUACUGUGGGAGAAAAAUUACCAGCCCAAGAAAAGAUUUUAAUCUGGAGUCCAGAAUUGGAAAGACCAGGGGUAGACUCCAGGUUAUAUUCAGGGAUAUCCAGAUCGUAUAAGCAAGAGGAUAAACUAAGCCGAGAACUUAUUGCAGAAUUGGUAAGAAUUGGCCAGGGAAGAAGAGAUUUGAGCUUAGGUCAAGUAGCAUUAUUAGAAGCAAGCAUAAAGCUCACUGGAGAAUUAGAAAAGUUGGGUAGUGAAGAACAAAGUCACAAAGUGAAAGGUAAAAUAAUUAUAGGCUUGGCAGGGCUAAGACAAGGACCAAUUAAAGUAACACCGCGUAGGACCAUUCGGUCAGCAGGAGGCUAUCGUAGAGUGUUGGCACAAGUAGCUCCAGGAUUAAUUGUAACCGGUUUAAGGAAACCUGACGGAAAGAGACUAACAAAACAAGAUCAUUUACAGUUGUACAAGAGGGCAUUAGAACAAAGGGAGACACGAUCAGCUGAACAGGGACGUUUUGGAGUAAGCAAGAGGUCAGAUGAUGCAAUGGUCUUCAUGGGUUACCGAAUUGGGCGGGAAAGAAUGUCUUGUUUGUCAGAGGCAGAGCAGAGAAUGAUGAAAAUUAAGCUGCCUAAAUUAGAGGAGAUUGGGGGAAAGCCUGCAAUAGAACAGGGAGAGGUACCAAAGCAGAAACAGGAAGUGAGAAAGGAAAAGAUACAAGAGAUUAAUGGCAAUGAAGACGAAUGGCAUCAACUAGAGGAACUGCCAACAGCAUGGCUUGGUAGACCAUUGACACGAGGUUAUACGGCAGCACAACAAAGUUCUGGGUGGACUGCAGGCAUAAGGCCAGGACAUGUGCGUAUUUCAAGGUCACUUCGGGCAGCAAUAAAAAAAAGAAUUAACUUGAUGGUGAUGGGUGAGAGUGCAACAAAAUCAGCAGCACAAAGGCUUGAGCCAUUAAAUUUUGGAAUGAGAAGAAGGAUGUUAGAGCUUACAAGCAAGUCUGACAAAGUGCAUUGGUUAAAUGAGAUAUUGAAGCCAAAGCCACCAGGUUUUCAACUUGGUGUUGCAGAUCAGAAGGUUCAUGAAGAAGGAAGUCCUAACCUGAUGACUGAAAGGCAAAGUCCUGGUUUGUUUACAAGGAAAAAAGAACUAAAAGAUUGGAGGGAUGGGGUGAUGGGAAUAGCAAUCAGGAGAUACAAUGCAAUGCGACUCGCUAUGUGGGGUGAAGGCCCAAUUGGUUUGCACGUAAAGGGGAGGAAGUUAACUGAGGAUUCAUAUGGUCCUGCAAGUCGCUCCGAUAAGGUGAGUUCCAUUUUGGGGCAAGUUGAAAGGAGAGUGUUAACAAUGGCACAGCAGGUAACAAAUGAGAAAAUACCAGGUUUGGAAGUGGGCGGAAAAAGUCUGGCUGAGCUACUGAAGCAGGAUAUGGAGUUAGCAAGGUCAAAGAAAGGUGAGAAAAUUUCAAGGUAACUGAUGAAAGAAUUUAUGCAAUUUGUUUAGGGAUGUUGGGUUGUUUAAGAAUUAGUGGAAAAGCAGAGGGUGUAUAGCACAUAGUGCAGUUUAAGAGCAAAGCUUCAGGUUGAGAGAAUUUAUAUAUUUGUUAAAAAAAUAGAGGAAGAUGAAAGGCCAAGACAAUGAUGUAAGUAAUAGUAUUGUCAACGUCAGGAACAAAGGGAAGGAAAUGAGGAUAAAAAUUGACCUUGAGAAAAUUGGUGAUUUUGAUCAUCUGGGAUUUGUGGUUGUUGAGUGGAAGGUAGCUAAAAUCUUUCAGAAAGGAAGAAAAUUGUCUCUAUAAUAUUUAGUAGCAUCUCAAACAGGUUCUUGCCUUUUCUCAUAGGCUUGGAUUUGGUAGCUGGUGCUUACAUUAAACGUCUCCAUCGUAAUCUGUAGUCAAGCUAUUCCUGUGCUGUCUGCAUUACAGUCAUGGAGAAACAGGAUAGCCUUUUGCUAGUGCUUCAAAGAGAAUUUUAAAAAAAUAGAGCAAAGCUCAAACAAAAUGAAUAAAUGUUUGUAAAACAUGCCAUUCUCUGCCCUGGAUUGACCUUUUCAGGAGUAGUCUUCCCCUGGAAAGCGAAACCCUGGAAGUACAGUCUGAAAAGCAAGUGGAAUUCUCAGCUGAAACAGCUAAUUCUGAGUCAGGCAGUCCCGA